UCAUUUUUGACACGAUGAAAAUCUUUGCGUACGCUUGUUGUCUUCUCUCUGCUCUGAGUGCGGUGCAGAUGAAGACUGUCAACAUAGAUAAACAUGUCGGGGAAAAUGUGACCAUCAGAUGCUCAGGCUGGGACGUCUUGAUGUAUGUAGAAGAGAAUGUAAAGUACUUUUGUUCAAGUCCUUGUACAGAAGACAAACACGUUAUCAUCAAAGCAGGAUAUGAAAAGAUCAACCGUAAGGAUCGAAUUAAGUUAUUCAACAAUGGAGAGGUUUUAUCUGUGACCUUCACUGAUCUUCAAAAGUCAGACGCUGGAAAAUAUUAUUGUGGAGUGGAGAUAGUUGGGAUAGAUGCAUACAUAGAGGUGAAUGUUAACGUCAAGGAUGCUGAGCCUUCCAGUCCCAUUAAGACUCCAAUAACAGUCACUGUUACUGUAACAACAACCAGCCCUGUUACAUCUCCACAUGUCUCUGAUGGUUUUACUGACAUGUCUACGACAACCCAAACCUUAAAUACCACAACACUGCCUGCAUCUGUGACAAAAGGAGCUGGGAGUCCUCUAUAUUGGAUUGUAGGUUUGAUUGUUACCUUGCUAACCUUGCUAACGGCUGUACUGAUGGUUAUCAGGAGGAUGAUGAAGAAGCAGCAGACGGUUGUUACAACGCCACAACAACCUGCAGGAGAGAGUGGAGCAGCUGAUAGAGUCUAUCAAUCCCUCCAGUCGAUUACAAUGGAUGAACACCAAGUCUACAGCACGAUCACACCAAACAAAGAGAGUGGAGCAGCUGAUGGAGUCUAUCAAUCCCUCCAGUUGAUUACAAUGGAUGAACACCAAGUCUACAGCACGAUCACGACAAACAAAGCGAAUACUGUUCUGUAGCUGAUGACCAGGGACACACGCUGUGGCUCCAUUUGGAUUCAUUUAGAUAAACACACGUAUGGGUGCUUGGAGUGUUUAGAGUACAUGUUCUACCUGCAUGGUUAAGUCAUACUAUGGAGACUGAUGCUUGCUUGUUGUUGGUGCAUCUUACAAGCCUCUGUUGCAUGUGGUUUAGCGUCAUGAGGGUUGUGCCGCUGUGGAUACUAAGAGUCAGAUGUUUUAAAUAAAAAGUAUCUUUGAAGUAUUUAAAGUUUUGUAA